GGCGCACGGUGGGCGGGGGGGAAGACGUAACGGCGUUGGGCGGACGAGUGACAGAUGGCGGUCGGUUGGCGAGACCAAAGAUGUUAUAGCUCUAGGAUCGGUGGGCGAGACGGCGAGUCGGCGGCUCCAGGGUUUAGGAGCCGAUGAUGUGGACGGAGAGACGGUGACGUGAGGAGCCAUUGAGGGCGGCCUGGGUGAGCCCCCCCCCCACCCCCAAUCAGCUCGGUGUGCGGGCUGAGCCUCGAGGGGCUGAGCUUCGAUGGAGGACCCGAUGACGGGGCACAACAUGGAGAAGCGUUAUGAGUGUGACGUGUGUGGCAAGGCCUGGCAGAGUGCAUGCCAGCUGGAGACCCACCGGCGGUUGCACACGGGAGAACGUCCCUUUGACUGCUCGGAGUGCGGCAAGAACUUCGCCAGCUACGACAAACUGCUGCGGCACAACCGCGUGCACUCCGGCGAGAGGCCCUUCACCUGCUCCGAUUGCGGCAAAGGCUUCAAGACAGCGAAUCACCUGAAGGACCACCGGCGGGUGCACACGGGCGAGAAGCCCUAUGACUGCUCCUCCUGCGACAAGAGCUUUGCCCUGUGGUCGGGGCUAUGGCGGCACCGGCGGGUGCACAGCAGUGAGCAGCCCUACACCUGCUCCGACUGCGGCAAAGGCUUCAAGUCAUCCACCAACCUGAAGAUCCACAGGCGUCUGCACACCGGGGAGCGGCCCUACACCUGCAGCGACUGCGGCAAGGGCUUCACUUGCUCCAGCAUCCUGCUGGAACACCAGCACAUACACACCGGGGAGCGUCCCUACACCUGCGGCCAGUGCGGCAAGGGCUUCAUCCACUCUAGCAACCUGUUGGUGCACCAGCGCACCCACACUGGUGAGCGCCCUUACACCUGCGACCAGUGUGGCAAGGGCUUCACCCGCUCCACCGGGGUGUUGGAGCACCAGCGCACCCACACUGGCGAGCGUCCCUACACCUGUACCCAGUGUGGCAAGGGCUUCAACCGCUCCGACAGACUGCUGUCUCACCAGCGUACCCACACCGGCGAGCGCCCCUACACCUGCAACGACUGCGGCAAGGGCUUCACCCAGUCCCACAGCCUGCUGGUGCACCAGCGCACCCACACCGGCGAGCGACCCUUCAUCUGUAACCAAUGCGGCAAGGCCUGGCAGCUGCCAAGCCAGCUGGAGACCCACCGGCGGGUGCAUACGGGAGAACGCCCCUUCGACUGCUCUGAGUGCUGCAAGAGCUUCACCAGCUGCGCCAACCUGCUGCUCCACAGCCGCGUGCACUCUGGCGAGAGGCCCUUCACCUGUUCCGACUGCGGCAAAGGCUUCAAGUCGUCCACGCAUCUGAAGAGGCACAGGCGCCUGCACACCGGGGAGUGCCCCUACACCUGCAGUGACUGCGGCAAGGGCUUCACCCACUCGAGCAACCUGCUGUCCCACCAACGCACCCACACCGGCGAGCGCCCCUACACCUGCACCCAGUGCGGCAAAGGCUUCACCCGCUCCAACCGGCUGCUGGAGCACCAGCACACCCACACCGGGGAGCGCCCCUACAUCUGCGCCCAGUGCGGCAAGGGCUUCACCCGCUCAAUCCGCCUGCUGGAGCACCAGCACACCCACACCGACGAGCGCCCCUUCACUUGCGCGCAGUGUGGCAAGGGCUUCACCUGCUCCAGCAGCCUGCUGGUGCACCAGCGCACCCACACUGGCGAGCGUCCCUACACCUGCACUCAGUGUGGCAAGGGCUUCACCCUGUCCGGCACCCUGCUGUCCCACCAGCGCACCCACACCGGCGAGCGCCCCUACACCUGCACCCAGUGCGGCAAGAGCUACACCCGCUCCUCCAGCCUGCUGUCCCACCAGCGCACCCACACUGGCGAGCGUCUCUACACCUUCAUCCAGGGCAGCAAGGGCUACACCACCUCCUCCAAACUGCUGUUCCACCAGCAGGUGCACGCUGGCGACCGUCCCGUCCCCAGCGUGGUGUGUGGAGAGAGCUUUGCCAUGGCCUCCCAUGCCCUGUCUCACACCAGUGGCCAACCCUACGACUUCCUGUACUGCGGUGAGGCGUUUGAUAGCUCGUGGGAGUUACGGCAGCACCGGCGGGCCCACGCCGACGAGCGGCUGCUCCCACUGCUGGAAGCAUUUGAAGAAUGCAUGGGGGCGGCGGGAGCAUCAGCGGUUACACAGACCAUGAUGGAGAAGGGUUUAGGAGCCGUUGCUGUGGACAGAGAGACGGGGAUGUGAGCGGCCAUUGAGGGUGGCCAGUUUGCCGUUGAGGCCCCUCCCCCAUCUGCUCGGUGUGCGGGAUGAGCUUCGAUGGAGGACCACAACAAGCAGAG